GCCCUCUUCCCGCCCCCAACAAGAUGGCGGAGGCCCAGUAGCGAGGGGGCGGAGUGCUGCCGCCGGAAACCCGGCCGCUGCUGGGGGGAGCUGCGGGCGAAGGCCCGGGAACAGCGGGCCGAGGUUGGCGCGAUGCUGUUCCCGGGAAGCGCUGUUGGGUACCGGCGAGGAAGGUGAACAACGAAUUGCCUUCCCGGGCCCCCGCUUCCCCCUAUGUCCGCCUCCCGGGGCUCGGGUCCGGAGGCCGCUUUGCCCGCUUCGGGACCACUCUCCACUCUCGGGUUCUGGGGCUCCGGCGGCGGCCAAGGCUGUGUCCCGCCGGAGAGGACGCGCCCGGGCGGCGUCCGUGCUUCUGGCCGCGGGGCGCCCGGCUGGCAGGAAGUACUUAAACAACUACAAGGAAGUAUUGAAGAUGAAGUUAUGACAUCUUCUGGACAGAUUGAUUUAUUAGAGCGCCUCAAAGAGCUUAACUUAGAUAGCAGUAAUUUCCCUGGAGUAAAACUACGGUCCAAAAUGUCCCUCCGUUCUUAUGGAAGCCGGGAAGGAUCUGUAUCCAGUCGUUCAGGAGAGUGCAGUCCUGUUCCUAUGGGUUCGUUUCCAAGAAGAGGGUUUGUAAACGGAAGCAGAGAAAAUACUGGUUAUUUAGAAGAACUUGAGAAAGAGAGAUCAUUACUUCUUGCUGAUCUUGACAAAGAAGAAAAGGAAAAAGACUGGUAUUACGCUCAACUUCAGAAUCUCACUAAAAGAAUAGAUAGUCUUCCUUUAACUGAAAAUUUUUCCUUACAAACUGAUAUGACCAGGAGGCAAUUGGAAUAUGAAGCAAGGCAAAUCAGAGUUGCAAUGGAAGAACAACUAGGAACAUGCCAAGAUAUGGAAAAACGAGCACAGCGAAGAGUAACCAGAAUUCAACAAAUAGAGAAGGACAUACUUCGUAUACGACAGCUUUUACAGUCCCAAGCAACAGAAGCAGAGAGGUCAUCUCAGAGCAAGCAUGAAGCUGGCUCACAUGAAGCUGAGCAGCAGAAUGAAGGUCAAGGAGUGGCAGAAAUCAGCAUGGCAACUUCUGGUAGCGGUCAGAAUUCGGCUACACGAAUGGAUCAUGAAACGGCCAGUGUUUUGAGUUCUAGUAGCACACAUUCUGCUCCUCGGAGGCUGACAAGUCAUCUGGGAACCAAGGUGGAAAUGGUGUAUUCAUUGUUGUCAAUGCUUGGUACUCAUGAUAAGGAUGAUAUGUCACGAACUUUGCUAGCUAUGUCUAGCUCCCAAGACAGCUGUAUAUCCAUGCGACAGUCUGGAUGUCUUCCUCUCCUCAUCCAGCUUUUACAUGGCAAUGACAAAGACUCUGUGUUGUUGGGAAAUUCCCGGGGCAGUAAAGAGGCUCGGGCCAGGGCCAGUGCAGCACUCCACAACAUCAUUCACUCACAGCCUGAUGACAAGAGAGGCAGGCGUGAAAUCCGAGUCCUUCAUCUUUUGGAACAGAUACGAGCUUACUGUGAAACCUGUUGGGAGUGGCAGGAAGCCCACGAACAAGGCAUGGACCAGGACAAAAAUCCAAUGCCAGCUCCUGUUGAACAUCAGAUCUGUCCUGCUGUGUGUGUUCUAAUGAAACUUUCCUUUGAUGAAGAACAUAGACAUGCAAUGAAUGAACUUGGUAGGAAGGCUACCCGGGGCAUUUCAUCACAGGAGCUAGGGCAGGGGCUUUCAGGGGGACUACAGGCCAUUGCAGAAUUAUUGCAAGUGGACUGUGAAAUGUAUGGGCUUACUAAUGACCACUACAGUAUUACAUUAAGACGAUAUGCUGGAAUGGCUUUGACAAACUUGACUUUUGGAGAUGUAGCCAACAAGGCUACACUCUGCUCUAUGAAAGGCUGCAUGAGAGCACUGGUGGCCCAACUAAAAUCUGAAAGUGAGGACUUACAGCAGGUUAUUGCAAGUGUUUUGAGGAAUUUGUCUUGGAGAGCAGAUGUAAAUAGUAAAAAGACAUUGCGUGAAGUUGGAAGUGUGAAAGCAUUGAUGGAAUGUGCUUUGGAAGUUAAAAAGGAAUCAACCCUCAAAAGUGUAUUGAGUGCCUUAUGGAAUUUGUCAGCACAUUGCACUGAGAAUAAAGCUGAUAUAUGUGCUGUAGAUGGUGCACUUGCAUUUUUGGUUGGCACUCUCACUUACCGGAGCCAGACAAAUACUUUAGCCAUUAUUGAAAGUGGAGGUGGGAUAUUACGGAAUGUGUCCAGCUUGAUAGCAACAAACGAGGAUCACAGGCAAAUCCUAAGAGAGAACAACUGCCUGCAAACCUUAUUACAACACUUAAAAUCUCACAGUUUGACAAUAGUCAGUAAUGCAUGUGGAACCUUGUGGAAUCUCUCAGCAAGAAAUCCUAAAGACCAGGAGGCAUUAUGGGACAUGGGGGCAGUCAGCAUGCUCAAGAACCUCAUUCAUUCAAAGCACAAAAUGAUUGCUAUGGGAAGUGCUGCAGCUUUAAGGAAUCUCAUGGCAAAUAGACCCGCAAAGUAUAAGGAUGCCAAUAUAAUGUCUCCUGGUUCAAGCUUGCCAUCUCUUCAUGUGAGGAAACAAAAAGCUCUGGAAGCGGAAUUAGAUGCUCAGCACUUAUCAGAAACUUUUGACAAUAUUGACAAUUUAAGUCCCAAGACAUCUCAUCGUAGUAAGCAAAGACACAAGCAAAGCCUUUAUGGUGACUAUGUUUUUGACACCAAUAGACAUGAUGAUAAUAGGUCAGACAAUUUUAAUACUGGAAACAUGACUGUCCUUUCACCAUAUUUAAAUACAACAGUGUUGCCCAGCUCCUCUUCAUCAAGGGGAAGUUUAGAUAGUUCUCGUUCUGAAAAAGAUAGAAGUUUGGAGAGAGAACGAGGAAUUACCCUAGGCAACUACCACCCAGCAACAGAAAAUCCAGGAACCUCUUCAAAACGAAGUUUGCAGAUUUCCACCACUGCAGCCCAAAUUGCUAAAGUCAUGGAAGAGGUAUCAGCCAUUCACACUUCUCAGGAAGACAGAAGGUCUGGGUCUCCCACCGAAUUGCACUGUGGGACAGAUGAGAGGAAUGCACUAAGAAGAAGCUCUACUGCUCACACACAUUCAAACACUUACAACUUCACUAAGUCAGAAAAUUCAAAUAGGACAUGUCCUAUACCUUAUGCCAAAUUAGAAUAUAAGAGAUCUUCAAAUGAUAGUUUAAAUAGUGUCAGUAGUAGUGAUGGUUAUGGUAAAAGAGGUCAAAUGAAACCUUCGAUUGAAUCCUAUUCUGAAGAUGAUGAAAGUAAAUGUUGCAGCUACGGUCAAUAUCCAGCUGACCUCGCCCAUAAAAUACAUAGUGCAAAUCAUAUGGAUGAUAAUGAUGGAGAACUAGAUACACCAAUAAAUUAUAGUCUUAAGUAUUCGGAUGAGCAGUUGAAUUCUGGAAGGCAAAGUCCUUCACAAAAUGAAAGAUGGGCAAGACCCAAACAUAUAAUAGAAGAUGAAAUGAAACACAGUGAACAGAGACAAUCAAGGAGUCAAAGCACAACUUAUCCCGUAUAUACUGAGAGCACUGAUGAUAAACACCUCAAGUUCCAACCACAUUUUGGACAGCAAGAAUGUGUUUCCCCAUAUAGGUCAAGAGGAGCUAGUGCUUCAGAAACAAAUCGAGUAGGCUCUAAUCAUGGAAUUAAUCAAAAUGUAAAUCAGUCUUUGUGUCAGGAAGAUGACUAUGAAGAUGAUAAGCCAACCAACUAUAGUGAACGUUACUCUGAGGAAGAGCAACAUGAAGAAGAAGAGAGACCAACAAAUUAUAGCAUAAAAUAUAAUGAAGAAAAACAUGUGGAGGAGCCUAUUGAUUAUAGUUUAAAAUAUUCCACAGACAUUCCUCCCUCACAGAAACCAUCAUUUUCAUUCUCAAAGAGUUCAUCUGGACAAAGCACUAAAACUGAACACAUCUCUACAAGCAGUGAGAAUACAUCCACACCUUCAUCUAAUGCCAAGAGGCAGAAUCAGCUCCAUCCCAGUUCAGCACAGAGCAGAAGUGGUCAGACUCAAAAAGCCACCUCUUGUAAAGUUCCUUCUAUCAACCAAGAGACAAUACAGACUUACUGUGUAGAAGACACCCCAAUAUGUUUUUCAAGGUGCAGUUCAUUGUCAUCUUUGUCAUCAGCUGAAGAUGAAAUGGGAUGUGAUCAGAGGACACAGGAAACGGAUUCUGCUAAUACACUACAGAUAGCAGAAAUAAAAGAAAACAGUGGAACUAGAGCAACUGAAGUUUCUGUGAAUGAAGUUCCAACAGUGUCACAGCACAUUAGAACCAAAAACAACAGACUCCCGGCUUCUGGUUUAUCUUCAGAAUCGGCCAGGCACAAAGCUGUUGAACUUUCUUCAGGGGCCAAAUCACCAUCAAAAAGUGGUGCCCAGACACCUAAAAGUCCACCAGAGCACUAUGUUCAGGAGACUCCACUCAUGUUUAGCAGAUGUACAUCUGUCAGUUCACUAGAUAGUUUUGAGAGUCGUUCAAUUGCUAGCUCUGUUCAGAGUGAACCCUGUAGUGGAAUGGUAAGUGGCAUUAUAAGCCCCAGUGACCUUCCAGAUAGCCCUGGACAAACCAUGCCACCAAGCAGAAGUAAAACCCCUCCUCCUCCUCCUCUUCCUCAAACAGUGCAAGCUAAACAAGAGGUACCUAAAAAUAAAGUAUCUAAUGCUGAAAAGAGAGAGAGUGGACCUAAGCAAGCUGCUGUUAAUGCUGCAGUUCAGAGGGUCCAGGUUCUUCCAGAUGCUGAUACUUUACUACAUUUUGCCACAGAAAGUACUCCAGAUGGAUUUUCUUGUUCAUCUAGCCUGAGUGCUCUGAGCCUCGAUGAGCCAUUUAUACAGAAAGAUGUGGAAUUAAGAAUAAUGCCUCCAGUUCAGGAAAAUGACAAUGUGAAUGAAACAGAAUCUGAGCAGCCUGAAGAAUCCAGUGAAAACCUGGAAAAAGAAGCUGAAAAACCUACUGAUUCUGAAAAAGACAUAUUAGAUGAUUCAGAUGAUGAUGAUAUUGAAAUACUAGAAGAAUGUAUUAUUUCUGCCAUGCCAACAAAAUCUUCACGCAAAGCCAAAAAGCCGACCCAGAGUGCUUCAAAACUACCUCCACCUGUUGCAAGAAAACCAAGCCAACUGCCUGUGUACAAACUUCUGCCAUCACAAAACAGGAUACAAGCACAAAAGCAUGUUAGUUUUACACCAGGAGAUGAUAUGCCACGGGUAUAUUGUGUAGAAGGGACACCUAUAAACUUUUCUACCGCUACAUCGCUAAGUGAUCUAACAAUAGAAUCCCCUCCAAAUGAGUUAACUGCUGUAGAAGGGGUUAGAGCAGGGGCACAAACAGGUGAAUUUGAAAAACGAGAUACAAUUCCUACAGAAGGCAGAAGUACGGAUGAGGCUCAAAGAGGAAAAACUUCAUCUGUAACUAUACCUGAACUGGAUGACAGUAAAACAGAAGAAGGUGAUAUUCUUGCAGAAUGCAUUAAUUCUGCCAUGCCCAAAGGAAAAAGUCACAAGCCUUUCCGUGUGAAAAAGAUAAUGGACCAGGUCCAACAAGCAUCUAUGUCUUCAUCUGGAAAUAACAAGAAUCAAUUAGAUGGUCAGAAGAAGAAACCUACUUCACCAGUAAAACCUAUGCCACAGAAUACUGAAUAUAGGGCACAUGUAAAAAAAAAUACAGAUUCAAAAAAUAAUUUAAAUGCUGAAAGAACUUUUUCAGACAACAAAGAUUCAAAGAAACAGAACCUGAAAAAUAAUUCCAAGGACUUCAAUGAUAAGCUACCAAACAAUGAAGAUCGAGUCAGAGGAAGCUUUACUUUUGAUUCACCUCAUCAUUACACACCUAUUGAAGGAACUCCAUACUGUUUUUCACGAAAUGAUUCUUUGAGUUCUCUAGAUUUUGAUGAUGAUGAUGUUGACCUUUCCAGGGAAAAGGCUGAAUUAAGAAAAGGAAAAGACAAUAAGGAAUCAGAAGCUAAAGUUAACAGUCAGACAGAACUAACCAUGAGCCAACAAUCAGGUAAUAAGACACAAACUGUUACAAAGCAUCCAAUAAAUCGAGGACAAUCUAAUAAACCCAUGCUGCAGAAGCAGUCCACUUUCCCCCAGUCAUCCAAAGACUUACCAGACAGAGGAGCAGCAGCUGAUGAAAAAUUACAGAAUUUUGCUAUUGAAAAUACUCCAGUUUGUUUUUCUCGAAAUUCCUCUCUAAGUUCUCUUAGUGACAUUGAUCAAGAAAACAACAACAACAAAGAAAAUGAACCUAUCAAAGAAACAGUGCCCCCCGCCUCACAGGGAGAACCAAGUAAACCUCAGGCAUCAGGUUAUGCUCCUAAAUCAUUUCAUGUAGAAGAUACCCCUGUUUGUUUCUCAAGAAACAGUUCUCUCAGUUCUCUCAGUAUUGACUCUGAAGAUGACCUGUUGCAGGAAUGUAUAAGUUCUGCAAUGCCAAAAAAGAAGAAGCCUUCAAGGCUCAAAGGUGAUAAUGAAAAGCAUAGUCCCAGAAAUAUGGGUGGCAUAUUAGCAGAAGAUUUGACACUUGAUUUGAAAGAUACACAGAGACCAGAUUCAGAACAUGGUUUAUCCCCUGACUCAGAAAAUUUUGAUUGGAAAGCCAUUCAGGAAGGUGCAAAUUCCAUAGUAAGUAGUUUACAUCAAGCUGCUGCUGCUGCAUGUUUAUCUAGACAAGCUUCUUCUGAUUCAGAUUCAAUCCUUUCACUGAAAUCAGGAAUCUCUCUGGGGUCACCAUUUCAUCUUACACCUGAUCAAGAGGAAAAACCCUUUACAUGUAAUAAAGGCCCACGAAUUCUGAAACCUGGCGAGAAAAGUACAUUGGAAGCUAAAAAGGUAGAAUCUGAAAAUAAAGGCAUCAAAGGAGGGAAAAAAGUUUAUAAGAGUUUGCUUACUGGAAAAGUUCGAUCUAAUUCAGAAAUUUCAAGCCAGUUGAAACAGCCCCUUCAAGCAAAUAUGCCUUCAAUCUCUCGAGGUCGGACAAUGAUUCACAUUCCAGGAGUUCGAAAUAGCUCAUCAAGUACAAGCCCAGUUUCUAAAAAAGGCCCACCCUUUAAGACUCCAGCCUCCAAAAGCCCUAGUGAAGGUCAGACAGCCACCACUUCUCCUAGAGGAGCCAAACCAUCAGUGAAGUCAGAAUUAAGCCCUAUUACCAGGCAGACAUCCCAACUGGCUGGGUCAAAUAAAGGGCCUUCUAGAUCAGGAUCUAGAGAUUCCACUCCUUCAAGACCUGCCCAGCAACCGUUAAGUAGACCUAUGCAGUCUCCAGGACGAAACUCAAUUUCUCCUGGUAGAAAUGGAAUAAGUCCUCCUAACAAAUUAUCUCAACUGCCAAGGACAUCAUCCCCUAGUACUGCUUCAACUAAGUCCUCGGGUUCUGGGAAAAUGUCGUACACAUCUCCAGGCAGACAGACGAGCCAACAGAACCUUACAAAACAAACGGGUUUAUCCAAAAAUGGCAGUAGUAUCCCAAGAAGUGAGUCUGCUUCCAAAGGACUGAAUCAGAUGAAUAAUAGCAAUGGAUCUAAUAAAAAAGUAGAACUUUCUAGAAUGUCUUCAACUAAAUCAAGUGGAAGUGAAUCUGAUAGGUCAGAGAGACCUGUAUUAGUACGCCAGUCAACUUUCAUCAAAGAAGCUCCAAGCCCAACCCUAAGGAGAAAAUUGGAGGAAUCUGCUUCAUUUGAAUCUCUUUCUCCAUCUUCUAGACCAGAUUCUCCCACAAGGUCCCAGGCACAGACUCCAGUUUUAAGUCCUUCCCUUCCUGAUAUGUCUCUAUCUACACAUUCGUCUGUUCAGUCUGGUGGAUGGCGAAAACUUCCCCCUAAUCUCAGUCCCACUGUAGAAUAUAAUGAUGGAAGACCUGCAAAGCGCCAUGAUAUAACACGCUCCCAUUCUGAAAGUCCUUCCAGACUUCCAAUUAAUAGGUCAGGAACCUGGAAACGUGAGCACAGCAAACAUUCAUCAUCCCUUCCUCGAGUAAGCACUUGGAGAAGAACUGGAAGUUCAUCUUCAAUUCUUUCUGCUUCAUCGGAAUCCAGUGAAAAAGCAAAAAGUGAGGAUGAAAAACAUGUAAACUGUAUUUCAGGAACCAAACAAACUAAAGAAAACCAAGUAUCUAUAAAAGGAACAUGGAGAAAAAUAAAAGAAAAUGAAAUUUCUCCCACAAAUUGUACUUCUCAUAUUGCUUCCUCAGGUGCUGCAAAUGGUGCUGAAUCCAAGACACUAAUUUAUCAAAUGGCACCUGCUGUUUCUAAAACAGAGGAUGUUUGGGUGAGAAUUGAGGACUGUCCCAUUAACAACCCUCGAUCCGGACGAUCUCCCACAGGAAAUACUCCCCCAGUGAUUAACAGUGUUUCAGAAAAGGGAAAUCCAAAUGCUAAAGAUUCAAAAGAUAAUCAGGGAAAACCAAAUGUGGGUAAUGGUAGUGGUCCCAUACGCACCAUGGGUUUGGAAAACUGCCUGAAUUCCUUUAUUCAGGUAAAUGCCCCAGACCAAAAAGGAACUGAGGCAAAGCCGGGACAAAGUAAUCCUGUCCCUGCAGCAGAGACUAAUGAAAGUUCUAUAGCUGAGCGUACCCCAUUUGGUUCUAGCAACUCAAGCAAACACAGUUCACCUAGUGGGACUGUAGCUGCUAGAGUGACUCCUUUUAAUUACAACCCAAGCCCUAGGAAAAGCAGUGCAGAUAGCACUUCAGCCCGGCCAUCUCAGAUCCCAACGCCAGUGAAUAACUCAAAGAAACGAGAUUCAAAAACUGACAACACAGAAUCCAGUGGAACUCAAAGUCCUAAGCGCCAUUCUGGGUCUUACCUUGUGACGUCUGUUUAAAAGAGCUGAAUUAAUUAAGCUAAGAAAAUUAUGUGUUAAUUACAAUUGCUAUGUAGAAAUUUUGUUUCAAAUGAAACUUUAAAAGACUGACAAAUUUUGUAAAUAGGUUUGAUUCUUGUUAGAGGGUUUUUGUUCUGGAAGCCAUAUUUGAUAGUAUACUUUGUCUUCACUGGUCAUAUUUUGAGAGGCACUCUUGAUAGUUAAGAAGAAAAUGGUAAAGCCAAGUAUAUUUGUACAGUAUGUUUUACAUGUAUUUAAGUAGCAUCCCAUCCCAUCGUCCUUUAAUUAUUGCUUGUCUUAAAAUAAUGAACAGUACAGAUAGAACAUAUGAUAUAUUGCUGUUACCAAUCAUUUCUAGAUUAUAAACUGACUAAACUUACAUCAGGGAGAAAUUGGUAUUUAUGCAAAAAAAACCCAACAUUGUUUUAGUCCUUGUGAGUCCAUCUAACAUCAUAAUUAAUCAUGUGGCUGUGAAAUUCACAGUAAUAUGGUUCCUGAUUAGCAAGUUUACCCAGCCUGCUUUGCUUUACUGCAUGAACGAAACUGAUGGUUCAAUUAACAGUUCUGUGGUCACAUGACGUGCAUUAGCUAGCUACAGUGUAACAAUUUAACACUUUUUGUGCUAAAAAAAAAAAUCUGUGUUAAUUGUAAAACAUUGGAUGAAACUAUUUUACCUGAACUAGAUUUUAUCUGAAAGUAGGUGGACUUUUUGCUAUGCUGUAACUUGUUGUAUAUUCUGGUAUUUGAGGUGAGAUGGCUGCUCUUUUAUUAAUGAGACAUGAAUUGUGUCUCAACAGAAACUAAAUGAACAUUUCAGAAUAAAUUAUUGCUGUAUGUAAACUGUUACUGAAAUUGGUAUUUGUUUGAAGGGUCUUAUUUCACAUUUGUAUUAAUAAUUGUCAAAAGGGCCUCUUUUUAAAGCUUAUAUAAUUUUUUUCUUCAAAUUCUAUGCAUUAAGAGUAAAAUUCCACCUACUGUAAUAAAAACAAUUGAAGCUGACUGUUGGCAUUUAACCAUUCCAUGCAUUGGCACUUAACCAUUCCUGGAAUUUAUUUUUCUUUUAUGUGAUUAGCACUUCCUAAUGUUUAAUAUUUAUGGAGUUGAUUUAAAACAAAUUUAUUUGAUACCAAUGUAAAUUGCCUAGCACAGACCAGGCAUUGAACAUAACAGGCCCACAUAGAAUAUUUCUUUUUUCUUAAUAGAAUUCUAUAUUUGAAAAAUUGUUUAUUCUUAGGUAUAAGUAGUCUCUUCUAGUUAUGUUCUGACUUGGAACAUAACUGUCUUGUCCCUUCAUCUUCUCCCUCUUGCUGCUGAGUCUGGAAUGAACAUUUUUUUAAGCAUAUUUUUAUUAAUUUCAGAGAGGAAGGGAGAGAGAGAUAGAAACAUCAAUGAUGAGAGAGAAUCAUUUAUCGGCUGCCUCCUGCACUCCCCACAUUGGGGAUCAAGCCAGCAACCCUGGGCAUGUGCCCUUGACCAGAAUUGAACCUAGGACCUUUCAGUCUGCAGGCUGAUGCUCUAUCCACUGAGCCAAACUGGCUAGGGCUGGAAUGAACAUCUUUUAUCACCCUGUAUGUUGAGGCAAAAUCCCAGCAACCAAAUAUAAUCAGCAUUUUGCCAUUCUCAGAAAAUGUAACAUGAAACAUCAAAGGUAGAUGUGAUACCAUUAGAAUAUUCAAAAACCUAUUUAAAGCCACUGCCUGUUGAGGAAAACUUUGUUUUUGACAGGCAGAGUUGUGGGAAAGGUGUCCUAGUGCCUCUUCAUCUUCCCAGAGUUUGUCCUAAAAGAUCAGAGGGUGAGGAAGAUAAAUACAUUUGUUGAAAUUUUAUUUCUAAGGAGAUUCAUGCAUUCCGCAUUUGGAGAAGGAAAAAGAUAUUUAGGUACAGUGGGGCACUGGGAAAGAGGUGAGGAGGAAUAAGCACAUCUACCUUGUGCCCUUGGAAUCGGAUCAUGUAGUUCAUUAUCUACCCAUUACCUGUGUUUAUCGCCUACCAGUAAUGAGGCUGGUUUUCUAAAAUAAAAUGCCAGUAAAUACAGAGCUAUAAUUAAAGCAUUUUACUCCAAAAUCCAUACGCUUUUCUCUGCACCACUUUACAAAGAUCUCAUUUUACUGUUCUUUAGACUAUAUCUACAUUUAAUUUUUUUGUCAAAUUUUAACUAAAUAGUUGUGAAUACUAAUUUAUUCUAUUUAUAUUUUUCUUAGUCUGCCUUACCCAAUAGGGAUAUGUGCAUAUAGGUCAUAUUUCUUUCCUCUUUUAGUCCUGAUUUUCUAUUUUUUUCUGAUUUAUUGCAUACCAGUUUUUAUAAACAACUUUUGAGUACUCUUAUGGAAAGAAAUGGGAUGUAAGCCAAUUAAAGUUAAAUUUCCCUUUUCAAGUAAGAAAAAAAACUUGUCCUUUUCAAGUAAGGCAAAAUAUUAUCAAUGCUGGAAAUGAAAAGAAGGGUGCCUUCCACACCCCAGGAAACUCAGGAAUUCCUAUAGGAAACACCUACUGGGAGAAGGGCCAGUCCAUAUUAUCCAUUGGGGGGGGGGGGGGGGGGAGUUGUUCUAUGAGACCCUCUAGUUAGAGAAUUAGUAAAGGGGCAAGUCCCAAUUCUACUUUUAGAAGUUCACAGGGUGCUGCCAUAACACCAGAUAUUGCUUGUUACUUAAAUGGCAUACUGAGCUUAGUUUUGAGGAUAGUUAAUUGUUGUGAUGCCUGUUGAGAGAAAUAUCUAGCCUUAGACUGCAGCAAACCACGACGACAGUGGUUUUCAAGCCAGUGCAUUUGAAUCACCAGAAGUGCUUAUUAAAACAGCUGGGCCCAUACCCCCAUCGUUUCUGAUUCUGAGUGAGAUCCAAGAAUUUGCAAUUGGCACAGUUCACAGGUGAUGGUGCUGGUCUGGAACCACACUUGGAGAGCAACUGCCCUAAGUUACAACAAGGAAGCUCCUUAAGUGAUUACCUUCGGUUCUAGUCAUUCUUCACAACAACUGGACCUUUAAUCUGACAAUUAUAUAAACUUCCCUCACCUUUAGGCAUGAAAGACUUGAAUACUGAGCUAUGCAAUCUGAUAUAGCCCAUCUCCACUCCCAAUACUGGACAAAUUUACCAGAUUUGAACAAGAAAUUUUAUAGAAAAUGACAGUCUGAAGGAUCAGCUGCUGUUCCCUUUGAAGCAGUUAUUGUAAAGGCAAUUUCAGCAAGUAUCUAAUUUGUAUUUGCAAUAGAAGAGACUAUGAAAAGGAACUUUGAAAUUAUUUCAGGUGAAAGGUAAAUGUACCUAACUUGUUAAUAUACAGUGGGAGUGAUUAACAACCCAUUAACUAUAUGGCAAAUUAGAUUGGUAUUUGAGAGUAAACUUUACAAGUUACCUGAGCACUAAAAGGAAAGUUAAUGAGGGGAAAUAAUGAAAUAAAACAUAAGCCAUAAGGAUCAAAUAGUACCAUAAGUAUAGUUUUUUAAAAAUUGACAAAUAUUGAUCAUGUUACCACAAGAUUAAGUAAAGGGAUGAAUCUGUUGCUGAGGAUGGGAGCCAGUUGCACUACAUUUGAAUUUAUGUUAUCACUGGGUUUCUUCGUAUCUAAGGAAAAGAAUAUGAGUGCCAGAAAUGCAAAACCUAUUGCCAGGAGCUGAAGAAAGAAUUGAGUAGUCAAAUCAUUAAAAUUACCGAACAGAAAUAAUUUUUCACAGGUCAUGGUGGCUGAAAUAGAGUAUAUAAAUUAUUUUUUAAUUUCUAAUAAGCAUAUUUUCCUUCUAUUAUGCUGACUUGAAAAUACUGCUUUAUAGUGUUGGAACCUAUGGACUUUGACUCCGGUAAACAGUAGGUCAUUUUCUUUUCUUGCCAUUCCCCUAACUGUUCUGUGGUCUAUAAAACUAUAUUUUGGUUUUUGUUAGGUCAUCAAUACUUCUUUCAACCUGUAUGUUCUAUGUGUAUAAUAUUGUUCUUGGUGCUAAAUAUACUUUCUUUCCUCUGA